UGCUUAUUACAUUAGCAGAUCAGCAGUUUGCUAUAUUAAAUCUGUAUCUUGAGUUGCAAGCUCUUCCAGUUACUUCUUGUUAUACUCAAUUUUUCAAACUAUACAAGUUGGAUUUAUAACUGUUGUUCCACUCCUUUUAUACCAAAGGCUAUCUAUGACUUUUAUUAUGCUUAUCUUUAUGCAUGUUCAAACUAACGGGUAGUAGUAAAACACUAGCCAUAGUAGUGAUAGACUAUCGAUCUCUUCAAGAUUGAAAUGAAUUAACAAGGACCAUCUCAUCUGGUAUUUAUAGUCGCAGAGACUACCCGUACUUUUCAUCAACCCCUUCGUUCCCUCUCGUCUCUUGUUUGAGAGACUGUCGCUCAUUAAAUUCUCGUCAGUCUUUGCAAAACCUGUCACUCAUUCAGAAUCAUGCAUUUGAAGAAGCUUUUGUGUUUGGCUUUGAGCCUGUUCGCUGUGGAAUCGGUAGUCGCAAGUCCCUGCAAACCGAAAACUACCUCUGCUGCUUCUUCCAUAGCCUCAACUUCGCUGUCCGAGUCUACGACCACUAUCCUUUCUGUGCCCUCCACCACGGAUACUACCCUGGCAACUAUUGAGACCAGCACUGCCACCGAAACCAGCGAGGCAGAGACUGAGACUGCUACUACGCUUUUGACCACCACUACUGCCGCAUCUUCAGUUGAUACUACCACUACUGAAGACAAAACAACCACGGGUGACGAGACUACCACUACAAUUGGUGAGAAAACCACCACAGAGGUUGAGACAACAACCGCGGAGGCCGAGACUACCACUACAGAAGCAGCGACUACAACCACCGCAGAGCCUGUCUGUGCCCAGACUCUAGUCCUCGCCAACCCCACCCCGAUUUUUAUCUCCGAAGCCACUGAUUCAUACGAUGAUUCAUACAGGGCGGUCACUGUACCUUUCCAGGUCGGGAUCUAUGAUGAUGAUACUUCAAACACCGUCUAUGUCUCCACGAACGGCUAUUUGUCCCUAUUCACAGGUUCAUCCUCUUUCGUGAAUCAACCACUACGUAGCAGCUCUAUCCCGUCUGUUUCCAUCGUACCCUACUGGGACGAUCUAUACAUCCUCGCAGGUAGCGUUUGUCAAGUUGGUAUCUACUAUGAUGUCUAUGAAACUGCCCGAGGACAGACGUUCACUGUCGAGUGGUAUGUUGGUGGCGUUGGUGGUGGUGGUACGUCCAGUCAGCACUUCUCUGUCAGUCUCUACGAAGACUAUCCCGGCUUGGUCAGGUUUGAGUACUAUAAGACCUCCAUGCGUGGUUCGAGCGCUACUGUUGGUCUUCAAAAUGGCCAGCCUUUCUCCCAAUACUCCUACAACCAACCCGACUCUAUCCCUGAUCAGUCCUUCGUUGAGAUUGAUACAAGCAGCGGGGUUGCCCUCACUUUAAACGGUCCGCUGUAAGAACGUGCUUGGACUAUGGUAAAUGGCGAGACAACUUGUGUCUAUAAACAUGAUGUAACAAGCUUCAAUUCUUUUUUGUAUUAAUAUGUAUUUCUUCUUGUCCAUGGAAUACUAGGAUGACCUCUCUGUCGUUGACGUUACAGUGUACCGUAAAUGUUGAUCUUGACCAACAGGUUGACAGG